CCGCCAGGCAGGCAGCGAGGUCAGCUUGGCAAGCCGCUGCCUCUCUAGCCCCGAUCUGGCCGCGGGCAGCCGAUUUUCCCGGACCGGAGGAGGUGAUGGCAGAACAGGAAGCCAGUGGGCUGCAGGUCCUGCUGCGCACGCUCCAGAGCUCCUCUGACAGGGAGUCCACCCUGACCAUCCUCCAGGUCCUCGGAGAUCUGCUUUCCGUUGGCACAGACCGGAGGAUUUGCUACGUGAUCAGCAAGGGUGGUAGCGAAGCCCUUCUGCAGACCCUGGUGGACACAGCCAGGACGGCUUCUCCAGACUAUGAUAUCCUCUUGCCCCUCUUCCGGCUGCUGGCCAAAGUUGGCCUACGAGAUAAAAAGUUUGGACAGAAGGCACUGGAAUUUGAAGCACUUGAUGUGACAUUGAUUCUGGCGAGGAAAAACCUGUCUCACAGCCAGAACCUCCUCCACUGUCUCUGGGCUCUGCGUGUCUUUGCCUUUAGUGUCACCACAGGAGCCAUGCUGGGAAUUAAUGGAGCAAUGGAACUGCUUCUCAAGGUCAUCACCCCUUAUACCCAGAAGCGUACCCGAGUAAUCAGGGCAGCCACUGAAGUUCUGGCAGCAUUGCUGAAAUCCAAGUCUAACAGCCGCAGGGCAGUGAACAGAGGCUAUGUCGCCAUCUUGCUCCGGCUGCAUCAGGACUGGCACAGCCAUGACACGACCAAUUCUUACGUGCUGAUCCGCAGGGCGCUUCUGCUUUGCCUCAGGCAUAUUGCCAACCUCCGGUCUGGCAGGGAGGCCUUCCGGGCAGCUCAGGGCAUGGAGAUCCUUUUCAGCACCACACAGAACUGCCUGGAUGACAAAAGUCUGGAGCCUGUCAUCUCCCUUGUGCUUCAGAUCCUGAGGCAAUGCUACCCUAAGAGUCCACUUCCCUUGGUCACAGCCAGCAGUGCUUAUUCCUUCCCAGCGCCUGGGAGCACCGCCUCUGAACCUCCACGUGUUCUAACUGAAGAAGAUUUUGAAGAUGAUGGCGAGGAAGAAGAGGACAAAGACUCAGAUUCUGAAGAUGUGAAAAAGGAAGAUGAUGACUUGGAAACAGAUGUGAACAAGCUGAGCUCCAAACCUGGUCUUGAUCGACCUGAAGAGGAACUGAUGCGAUAUGAGGCGAUGUGUCUUGAGCUCUCCUGCAGUUUUGAGGAACUGGAGUCCAAACCUGGAGAUGGUUUGAACUUUGACAAGACUCAGUAUGCCAGUCACCACCACAUUCUGACUGCUGCCUCCCCAAAAGGGCUUUGCUUGAAUAAGGACCAAAUCUCCUGGGGACAAGAAAGAGAAGUCCCUGUCCAGACCUCCCUUCUGAGCAGAGUGAAGAUGGGGAGGUCCAACAUACAUCUAACCUCCAAAAAAGGACCUGGAAUGAACCCAUACCGAAAUGCACAAUCCAAUGGUCUUGGGAUAGGUUCUUCUGGAAGUGAAAUCUCAGGCAUUCAGGCGUCCUUCAAAGAGGAUGCUUGGGACAUAGAUGUGAUUUCCUGCCCAAGGAUAAGUGCCUCCUUUUCCAAUUCCACUAGACCUAGAGAAACUGCUGAAUUAAUAGAUAAGCUCCUGCAGACACAUCCGACGCAUAUCGCCUUCCAUGACCCCUAUCUUUAUAUGGCCAAAGCUAGAAGAACCAGAUCUGUGUCUGACUUCACAAUGACGGCAUUUCCUGAUUUCUGGGGGCAUUGUCCACCUCCCUCUGCCCAGUCCAUGUUGGAACGUAAAUGUGGAGUCCAAAGGAUCAAAAUAUUUGAGGAUGUCCGGAGGCUCAUCCAGCCAAGCGAUAUUAUAAAUAAAGUUGUCUUCAGUCUAGAUGAGCCUUGGCCUUUGCAAGACACCACUUCUGACUGCUUACGGUUCUUCUCCAAGUUUGAGUCUGGAAAUCUUCGCAAAGCCAUCCAAGUGCGUGAGUUGGAGUAUGACUUACUGAUCAAUGCUGAUGUGAAUAGCACACAGCACCAGCAGUGGUUCUACUUCAAGGUGAGCGGUAUGAGGGAGGCGGUCCCUUAUCGCUUCAACAUUAUCAACUGUGAGAAGGCCAACAGCCAGUUCAAUUACGGGAUGCAGCCAACUCUGUAUUCUGUGAAGGAGGCUCUUCUUGGCAGACCUGCCUGGGUACGGACAGGCUAUGAAAUCUGUUAUUACAAAAAUCAUUAUCGCCAGAGCGCAGCCAUCACAGGGGCAGAGUCUGGGAAGUGCUAUUACACCCUCACCUUUGCCGUCACCUUCCCGCAUGCCGAGGAUGUCUGCUACCUGGCCUACCACUAUCCCUACACCUACACCGCCCUCAUGACUCACCUUGACGUUCUGGAAAAAAGCGUGAACCCCAAGCAGGUCUACUUCCGUCAGGAGGUUCUCUGCCAGACGCUAGGAGGGAAUUCAUGUCCAUUGGUGACCAUCACUGCCAUGCCCGAGUCUAACAGCGCUGGCCACCUGGAGCAGCUCCGGCAGCGCCCAUACCAGGUGAUUACUGCUCGAGUUCACCCAGGAGAGAGCAAUGCCAGCUGGGUGAUGAAGGGGACCUUGGAGUUCCUGGUCAGCAGUGACCCUGUGGCUAGGCUCUUGAGGGAAAACUUCAUUUUCAAGAUCAUCCCCAUGCUCAACCCAGAUGGUGUCAUCAAUGGCAACCACAGAUGCUCACUGAGAGGAGGGGAUUUGAACAGACAGUGGCUCUCUCCCAGUGCCCAUCUGCAGCCCACAAUUUACCACGCCAAAGGGCUCCUGCACUACCUGGGCAGCAUCGGCCGGCGUCCCAUGGUCUUCUGUGAUUUCCAUGGUCACUCCCAAAAGAGGAAUGUGUUCCUUUACGGUUGUAGCAUCAAAGAGACUUUGUGGCAGGCAGAGUCUGCUGUGGGCACAUCCAAUCUCUUGGAAGAUGUCAGCUACAGGACUCUUCCCAAAAUCCUUGAUAAGCUAGCACCAGCAUUCACCUUAAGCAGCUGCAGCUUCCUCGUGGAGAAAUCCCGAGCCUCCACAGCACGGGUAGUGGUGUGGAGAGAGAUGGGGGUGUCCAGAAGCUACACCAUGGAGAGCAGCUACUGUGGCUGCAACCAGGGCCCCUAUCAGGGUCUACAGUUUGGUACCAGUGAACUGGAGGAGAUGGGAUCUAUGUUCUGCUUGGGCCUCCUCAUCUUGGAACUCAAAUCUGUAAGCUGCAGCCAUCAGCUGCUGACCUGUGCAGCAGCUCUACUGAAUGCUGAGGAGUCAUCCCUGGACCACCACCUCCAGCGACUGGGAGCCCCAUGGCGCUGGGACCCAUGUUUAUCUGAUUCAUCACUGUGUCCUCACUGUCUAGCACCAGGCCCAGCACAAAGCAGAUGUAGCAGCAACAGCAGCAGCACUUCAGAACUGGAUGAUGAGCCUCCCUGCCUGGAGGAGAUUGACUAUGGUACCGACAGCAGCUCGGACCAGGAAGGGAGCUUCUCCGAGCUGGACCGGCAGAUCCAGGAAUGCGCUUUCCACAGGGAUGAAGGAGAGGAAGAAGAGGAGGGACCAGGGCAGGGAAGAAAAGCCAUCCCAUAACCCUGAGGUUUAUAGCAAGUUCUGUGCCUCUAACCAUCGGAUUAGCUGCCAUGUUGUUGCUUUACCAUCACACACACACAAUGUUGGCACAGAAAGCCAGCCCAUGCGAGGUCAGCAUCCCUACAUCCAGAUUUUCUUCUAGUUUCAUUAUGCAUAGAGAGUGGCUACUUCUUUUUUUUUUAAAUUAAUUAAUUAGUUUUAUUUUUGGCUGUGUUGGGUCUUCACUGCUGCGUGCGGGCUCUCUCAAGUUGCAGUGAGCGGGGGCUACUCUUUGUUGCAGUGCGUGGGCUUCUCACUGCGGUGGCUUCUCUUGUUGCGGAGCACAGGCUUUAGGCAUGCGGGCUCAGUAGUGGUGGCUCGCAGGCUCAAGAGUGCAGGCUCAGUCAGUAGUUGUGGCGUGUGGGCUUAGUUGUUCCGUGGCAUGUGGGAUCUUCCCAGACCAGGGCUUGAACCCGUGUCUCCUGCAUUGGCAGGAGGAUUCUUAACCACUGCACCACUAGGGAAGUCCCCAGAGUGGCUACUUCUUCAUUACCGCAUUUUACAUAUAUAGAUAGGUGGCUAUAUGCAUGCUGUCAUUAUGAGAGAAUGGGAGAUACUCAAGAUGACUGUGGAUCCUCUGAAGACCGUUCCGAGCUCUUCUCCAUUCCUGUGCUUGAAACUGGAGUGGACUGGAAGUAGUAGGAGUUGGACUUGCUUUGUGUCUUCUCAGCCAGAAUUCUAAGUGGUGGUUUAAGUCGUUCUCUAUAUGAGGGUUAUCACUUCCUGUUGUCUCCCUCUUAUAGCAUCUGAGCCUCUCAGCCCAAACCAUGAGCCCCACUGAGACUCUGAGGGUGUUGGCAGGGUCUUCCCUUGCUGGGUGAUUGAACAUAAAAGGCUGUACAACCAAGUAAUCAUCCUUGGUCUGUUGGAACAGCAUACAUUUUGCAGAUAUAGAAUCUGCAGAAGAUCCCCUUGUAAGGGAAGGGGGACAGUAGUGAAUAAGACAUGGCCACUGGUCUUUACAAAUUUGAAAAUCUAUGAAAUUCAUAAUCUUGGGAGGCAGCAAUUCAUUCAUUUCAGACUCAGAUAGAUGUGGCUCAUGUCCCGGAUCUGGCUUUCACUUAUUAUGAGAACGGAGGAAAGUAAUUAAAUCUCUCUAAACCACAGUUCAGUGGAGAUGAGCAUAUCUAUAUCAUAGAGUUAUUAUGAAGAUGAAACGAGAUAACAUGUAAAAGUAUACAGUUUGGCACACUGAAGACAAUAAUAAUGGCUUAUUUUUUUCCAUAACGCAGGCAGAACGUUCUAUGGAGUUAUUCUCACAGUUAACAUUCUAUGGAGUCACAUGGUUGAGUCACUCUCUCUUCCUAGAGGGGAUCAGGGCAGGAGGUUCUAGGGGGCUGGCAUAGCUUAAACCAAGUGAAAAUGGAGCAAGGCCCUUCAACAGACAGAUGGAAACAGUUUGAAAGUGUGAAGGAUGAUAUGUACAGGGCCCAGGCAGAAAGGAUGAGAAGAAGCAUGGAAGGCAGAUUAGAAUGGAAGAUAAAAUGGAGAUAAUAUGUUAAAGCAAAUGUAUGUUGGUCCAGAUGCCACAUGUAUUUAGUUAGAAUUAGGUUUGGCUAUGAGAGAUGGAAAAUCCAAAACAGCAGUAGCCUUUGUAAGUUAGAAGUCUGUUUAUCUUUCAUGUGGAAUUCCAGAUAUAGGCAGACCAGAGCAGGUAUCACGAGUGCCUGAUGUCAGGUACUCAGCUUCAGCGGCUUUCUAGCCACCCCCCACCCCCAUGUGUUACUUCUACUCUUGCUCUAAGAGAGCUGCUGAAGCAUCAGGCUUUGCAUCUGCAUCCCAGUCAGCAGUAAGAAGGACAGAAAUAGAAGAUCAUGUUCUCCAUAUUUCCAAAACAAUGCGUACUGCUUCUGCUUAAUCCCACCAUCCAGAAAGUGGUCCUAUGAACACAGGUAGCUGCAAGGGAGGAUGGAAAAUGUAGUCUUUAUUUCAGGUAGGCAAGGCUAAAGAUUUGACAUUUUAAUCUUAAGGGAAAAGAAAAUAAUGCAUAUUGAGGUUCAAAAACAUGCCAAAGAGACUUUUCCUGAUGUACCUACCACCACCAAGAGAUCUUGGAAACAGAAUAAUUUCAGAGAAAACUCAGCAGAAAGAGUUUAGCCUCAGAAAAAAAUGUUUUGCCAUAAUUUAGCCCCAAGGCAUACAAGAAAGUUAUAUGUGCUGUGAUUUGGGAAGUUGACAUUAUUACUAUUGUUGUUGUUAUUAUUGUUAUUAUUAUUGAUAGUCCUUAUUUUUCAACUCCUUUUCAAAUUGCUUUGCUAUCACUCAGAAAUCACAAUUCAUUCUUUGUAUUAAGGCAUUCAGAUUUCUGUAACAUAAUAAGAGUUUUGAGGGAAAUAACAAAGACACUGAAUUCAAAUCCAGGCUGAAAGCAUCUCUUAACUUCUCCCAUAUUCAAUAUUUCCAUUCUUAAAUAGAGGAUGGCAUAAUGCUUCUGUGGGUUUUUUUUUUUUCAUUGUCUUGAGGCUCAAGAAGAUAAUAUUGUUGAAAACGUAAAUGAUGAGAAGAAUGGAAAUAAUACUAACUCAUCAUCAAUUUUCAUUUGAGCUCAAAAUUGCUUAUUUACCAUGUUUCUGAGAAUGUGACCAGGGCAGGUAAAUAUCUGUGCGAUGUGCUCAGGAAAAGCCAGAAACGUGGACUAUUUAUUGAUUUGUCUAUGUAACAAAUAUAUAUUAAGUACCUGCUAUGUGUCAUGCUCUUUACUAAGCUCUAAAGCUGCAGAGAAAAAAGACUCACUGUGUCCUGAAGUUGCUCAAAUUUCAGUGGGAGAGAUGAACAAUAAACAUUUUAUUUUAACACAGUGGCACACGGCUUUAUGGAGCUGUGCAGAGGAUGAUACAGAAUCACCUCAGCUAAUGGAGGCAGUGAUGGUGGGAAAAGUCUACCAAAAGAAAAUGAUAACUUAGGUGAUUUUGGAAGGAUAUGUAAGUUUCCUGGUUAAAAAGAAGAGGACAGACCUGCUAAGAAGUGGGAAGAGUUUAUGCAAAGACCCCGGGGUAGGGUGAUAGCUUGAAAUAAAAUGUUCAGUGUGAACUGAUUUAAAACAUGUGCUUUUAUGUGGGGAAAGGAGGAGCGUGACAGAAGAUGAAAUUGACAAGAUAGACAUCCAUCAGAUCAACAACACUUGUCAUGUGUUGAUGAAAGGUUGAACUUUAUUCUGAAUGUGCUGGGAGGAGACAAAGAUAUUCAGCAGAGGCAUAGCCAGGACUGAGGUCGGCAUGUAUGCAUCAGUCCUGCUGCACCACACGUUUAUGACUGAUUGAUUGGCACCCUUGCUAUGCUGGUUGUUCAGUGGUCUGAGAAGUACACUGGGUAUAAAAUUAUCAUAUUUGAAGAGCAGCAGGUUUGGGAUGAGGUGAGAGAUAAGGAGUGUAGUUGAAUACUGGGGUCUAUGAGAUGUCCAGUUGGAAAGGACUCCUAGAAUCCAGAGGUAUAUCAGGAAAGGAAGUAGAAGAUGAGCUCCACCCAGCAAGCUUGGGGACCUGGGUGGAAGUCUUGAGCCACUGAGCCCGGGCACCAGCCAACUGUGAAGGAGUUUGCUUGGAGGGAACAGAAGAGUUGGGGGGAGCAGACUUUCCUCUCUUCCUGCUAGGACAGAAGGCCAUUCUGUGUCACACCUCACCGAUCUUCAGUCUCGGGGUGGGAAGGCUCAUCACAAGUCACCUAAAGAUAGUCACAGGAGCAGUUCUUCCAGCCCGGACAGACAUGUCUCUUGCUGGCCAAACCACUAUGGUCAAUUUUCCUGCAAAACGUUCUGCCCAACUCCGAGCCAAAUGUUAAUACUCAAGAAUUCCAGGGAGUUGUAAGCUCUAAUGGGAAGCAGUUGUGCUUCAAAAUGUGCAAAGGAAGUGCAUCUAGAGAGGUGAUGUGGGGUCCAGGCCACGUGCACGGCUGUCCUGCGCCAGCUGUUGUCCAGUGCUCUGCAUAGCAGGGCUAGAGCAGGGGGCCAUUUUCACACCCAGGAUAAUCAUCAUGGGUAGAGAAGCACAAGGCUUCUCGUGAUCCCCUAAGGACCAUGCUUCCAUGAUCCUUUAAGGAUGGAAUCUGCUGUCUCUCCAUGACACUUCCCUAUGCUAGGGACUCUUUGGAUCCUUUAUAGAUUCAAAUCCUGCCCAUCUGCAGUCUCUACAGUUUGCCAUGGGACAUAACCUCAUUUUAUCUCAUCAUACUGGUGAGUGUGGAUGAACACGCACAAAAAUACACGCACACACACACCACUUCUUGAGCCACACAUCUACCUAAGUGCCCUUUUUGAUUUUUCGAACCUGUUGACACUUUCCGUCUGUCUCUGAUAAGCUUCUCCCAUUAUCUCAUUUGGGGGUGUCAAGACCCAAUUCAGAUAUCACUUUUCUUAUGUAAAACCUUUCCUAGUUACCCCAUUAAGUUAAAGUUAUAUAAUUUCUUUUCUGUGCCCCAAUGCACCUUUUAUACAUUCCUUUUAUAGCAUGCUUAUGCUUGCCAUUUACAACUUUAUUUAUGUGUUUUUUACAGCUCCAACCCCACUAGCCAAUGAAUAGAGAACUCUAAGAUGCAUGGAGCUGCCUAUUAUCUUUCUAUGUCUCCCCUCACCUGACACAUUAAAGUUUCUCAAAAAUGUAUCUUCCACCUAGCCUCAAAACUGGACAUCCAACGUCUCAAUGAAAUUCCAUAUAUUUCCCUUAAAUUCCUCCAUUUUCCAUCUCAUAUCAGAGCUUGUGUUAUAGGAAGGGAAACUGGUUUCAUUAAAAUGGCAUCUAGCACAAGUAUAGCCUAGCCUCGGAAGACUGUUUCCCAUGUGAGGCAAGCUUCUUAAGGAGCAGGGUGGCCUUGUCCUUGUUUAGACUGUGCAAGUAUUUAGAUAGAGAAGUGAGAAUAGAGGAACAGAAUCCCUGAGAGUCUAUGCCUUCAGUGUUCACCAAGGUGCUGUGGACACAGGCUCACUUUGUUGAGAACUGACACGUGACUCCAUGUGCAUUGUGCCACCUUGGCUGCCUGGGUGCUUCUUUCAGUACCACCCAUUGGCUCCACUUGCCUCUGGGUUUCCAGGAAAAGGAUUCAGAGCCACAAAGAACAAUUGAGCAUACCUGAUCCUUGAGUUACAAGCUCGCAUUGAGCCUUGCCAACAUAAGUAAGGUCACGUUACACCCCAGGGGAGGAGUUCUCACCCACGGUUUCCAUUGUCCGGCCUGAGCAACUGACCUGUAGAGUCAAUUUCACAUUCCAAGGGGAGCCUCUGCCCUCUGCAAAGAAAAGGAGCUUCCAUGAAGUGUCUGACACGAGUCAUCCUUGUUAGGGACUCAGGACAGAGACCUGCGUGGUGGACCUGAACAUUUGCAUCCUCAUCAGAGUGAUGGACUCAUCUGGCCCUCCCCUGCCCCCUAAAGGCUCUAGUCUUGGAAAGACACACGACAGUGUAGCCUGGGUACUAACCGUGCGAGCUUUUUUAGACAAAGAUAAUUCAUGAGGUCCGGAGUCUGCUGCUGUCUCCCCAACAGAUGUCCUCUUCUGUUUGUGUUGUAAUUUGGUUCCAUGUGUGCUGCAUACCCAACUGAUUCUUGAUAAAAAGUGCUGUUUAGAAAAAAGGAACUGCUAAAAGGAAAUGUUUAGGUAAAAAUGGAUUAUAUUACAGCCUUUCUGUGCCUAAUAAUAAAAAAGAUUCAACUGUAUACAACUUAAGAUUAUCUGUUACAUGCAUUUCAACACAAUAGAAGUGAAAUUGAGCUUGAUUCACACACACACACACACACACGCACACGCACACGCACGCACACAAUGUAGGUCCAGGGCUUUCAGAAAGAAAACAGAGUGAGGAACGAUUUGUCAUCAGGGACAUGUUUCUAAAGGCAAGGGGUAGCUAGGUGAUGAUUUAACGCUGUGCUGUCACACAGAAAUGGAAGUGAAGGCCUUUGGGGUAGAAUGUGAGAACCUCUCUCAUCGGCAUAUGACAUAGACUGGCCUUCUCGCAUGUGUGUAUUUUGAGCCUGUUCAGGUCAUGAAGAAAAAUGGAUCCAGUUCUCUUUGGAAGAGAAUGCAUAUUUGGGAGAAAAUUACCAAUUUAAUCACACUCACCUCUUACGACAAGUAGCUAAACAGAGCAGAGCAAUGAACUAUUAAAAUGCAUGGAGUAUACUGGUUAUUCUGACUAGGAGCUUUUAUUGAUCUUUUAUAUAGUCUUUUGUAGGGCCUUAUAGGGUGAAAAUGAUUUCUUAAGAGCAGGCAUGUAUCAUGACCAUUCCCUUGACAAAAUAAUAAUUUUUAAGCACAAUUCUUUGGCGCAGUUCAGUUGAGGUGUCUGAGUGUGGCCUUGGUCUUUGGAGGUCAGGGCAAGAAGUAACACUGAGAUCCAUUCUGGAAUGGUUGUGGGGCAGAGUGAGGAAGCAAAGAGGCCCACAGCCCUGUCCUCGAGGGUGUGGGUGUUAAAUGAAUGGAUGAUCGUGGAUAGAAUAAUAUUGACCAGGCCCCACCCCCAUUUCAUUCUGAAGAGGAAGUUAUUUUAGGAGGCAUCAGGGGAGGAAAAGCCUGCCCGUGUUCCUACUCUGUUCAUAGUCACUCAUUGAACUUCUCACGACCACUCUGGGUAAUAAAUGGGCAUUACUAAUGCCAUUUCCAAGAAGAAGUUUGGCCCUAUAAAAAGGGACACUUUUAGUGAGUGAUGGAACUGGGGUCUACUCCCCGAGAAGUCUGACUUCCCAACCCAUGCUCCUUUUUACUUCCUUAGAAGGGAUGGCCAGUAAUAGUACACAACAACCAACAGUUGCCACUAACAUGGGCUGAAUAUGAAUUCUUGCCACAUACAGUACUCUGAGUCCAUUGCAUUUGUUAUCAUGUCUAAGCCUCACAAUCCAAACCUACAAGGUAGGCCCUCUUCUUAUGUUCAUUCCAUAGCUGAGGAUGCUGAGGCCAAAAGAAGAUCAGAAUUUGCCUAAGAUUACACAGCUAGUAAGUAGCAAGAUGGUGAAUUUGACCCAGGCAGUCUGACAGCUGAGCCUGCACCACAAGGAAAAGUGCCUCUUCAAAGACUCUUCAGGGCCUUUCAGAGGCAAGGAGCAAUUCUCUCUCUCUAGGAAGAUGUAUUAUUGUUAUUUUUGUUGGUUUCAAUAUUUGAGUCAAAUAUAAACAACUCAUGCUGGACAUCCCUGUAUAAUAUCCCCUUUAACUUCAAACUGCACAAGUUCCAUGUCAGAGCCUCAUGAUCUCCUCCCAGAGAAGUCUUUACCUCCCAGUUUCCUAAACUGGAUCAUCUCGAUGAGAAUCAGUUUCUGUGUGUGCCUGAUGCACGGCUCGAUGUCUGACUGAGGCAGUCACUUAAUGCUUCGCUCCGUGGGUGAAUUCACCAGUCUUGUCAAGCCUACUCUUAGCUUUGCUUAGAAUCUGCUGCUCUUUCUUCUUGGUCCAUUUCUCACCUGGAUUUCAGCAAUGGUCUCCUCACGACUGUCCUCAUCGUUGGAGGCUCUGCCUCCUCUCCAGCCCUUUAUUCUCACGUAGACAUAACAUUUGGAAUGAAAAUCUAUUUCUGCUGCGUACAACCUUUCACUGGCCUCCUAUUGUCCGAAGGAUAAAAUGCUAAUGGAACUUGGCACUUGAGCCCUUCACGAUCCAGCCACUGGCUCACUGUCCAGUCUCCUCUCUUAACACAAGCCCAUGCUCAGGUCCUAAAAAAUCACUUCCGGUUUCCAGAAAGCACUUUAUUCUCUCUGCUUCCACCUAUGUGUGUUCAUUCACUGUGUGCUUAAAUGUAUUCUCCUCCAAGUAGUCUUACAUGAUCUGAUUCUGAGUUCCCAUAGUGCCUUGUAGGAACCCUAUCAUAGCUUUUGUUGCAAGGUUUUGCCUGUGGAGUUUUCUGUUCCCCCCACCAGACUAGAGAUUCCUGGAGGACAGGGAUUAUUUUGUUCACUGCUGUAUCCUGAGGGCCUAGCACCCUGCCCAAGAUACGGUGGACCUUCAUUAAAUACGCGUUGAAUGAUCAAGUUCUUCAUUUCCAUUCCAAACGUCUCCCAAGAAUGACCUCCUACCCGUUGUCUCAGUAACCUAUUAAAAAUGGAUAGCAGAGCUGCAGGAAAGUAGGGCACACAUGUGUCCAGCAAACUCAGAGCAGCAUCGAGGAAGCAUCCGGGAAAAAUCUCCCUCAGCCCCUGGUCCGCGGGGCCUCUUGCUCUGUAAUUUUCCAGAAGCAGCUUCCUUUUUUCCUCCAAUGGCCUGUAGAGGUCAGAAAAGGGCCUUGGUUUCCAAUCGUGGACUGUCCUCUGCCUCAAUUAGCAUUCACCCCGGGUAUCUAUAAUUAAGCAAACCUAGGCGCUGCACAUAGGAGCGGAAAUGCAUUGAGUUUAAUAAAACAGAGUGUAAGGCAACUUUA